AUGAAAUACUUCUACUUGCUAACAGCAAUUAAAGAUCAACAACAAUCAACUCAAUUACAACAAGCUACGCCUAGCGCUUCUUUAGCAAGUGGUUUAAUGCAACUUUUCGUUGACCAAUCUGAUCGCCCAACGGAUGAUGAUGGUGAUAAUAGUGACAAUGAUUAUUACGCCGACGCGCACAAUAUUACAGAUUUUGAAUAUCGAUACCAAUCAGAUAUAACUGUUUUCAGUCUCUGUGAAAAUUUAAUCGAGUUAUGCUCGAAUUUAAGGAUUGCAGACGUCAAACAAGACUUUUUUGAGUCAAUUCAAACUUGUGUUACAUCAUCGUUGGACGUUUUAUACGAUAUUGUGCACCGUGACAAAGUUAAUGAUCGUGACCGUCCAAUACUUACAACAAAUAUGGACACACAAAGUGUAGAAGACUCACUUGUACAAUCCUCAGUUGAGACCCCAGUGAAGGCUGUUGCAAACGCACCAUAUUUAUUUGACGAUGAAAAUGACGAGUUUUGCAAUGAACCUCAAUUAUUCGAAUCUAAUCCUAAUACAAUCAGCGAAGCCGUUCUUGGUGCAAGUACACAUGAUGUCUUUGCUCGGUUAUUGGAAUGGUUGAUGAUUACAUUAUCUGAUGGAAAUAUAGUUCGAGUAACGCAUGCUUACGAUAAAUUACAACAUUUUGGAGAUAUGUUAACACAUUAUCGAACAUUCUUCAGUCGCUUAAAAACCGUUGAUACUUUAAGCGUAGUUUACUCGAGCAAACGUUCAGGCAAUUAUAUAAUAUUAAAAGAUUUUGGCAUAUAUUUAAAGCUUAUUCUUCAGAAUUUACUAGACGAUAGUGGUGUUGUCAGCAUUGUUGAACUACCCCCGCUCACUAUAUUGUCUCAGCAACAACAACAGAGUAACAUGGAAAAUGAUCUUCUAAUAAAAACAUCAACUCUAAUUCGUAGUGAAAUUGAAUGUAGCAAUAACAAAUCAGGUAUCAGUGAUAAAACAUCAAGUUUAAAUUUAUUGAACUGGCAUGAUUAUGUAGAACAUGUCCCUAUAUUGUUACUCAAUUUUAUAAAAUUAUUAACUAUGAACAAGAUUGAUUAUAAAGAAUUUAUAGAACAAAGCACUACGAUGAAUUUAAAAGUUGAAGCAAUUCCGUGUGACCAAGGUCGGCAAUUAAAACAAUUAUCAACUUGUUUCGAUCUGAUCGCUUGUAAAGAUAAAAGUAAAUUUAAUCCAAAACAAUUGCUAUUAGCAAUUUCGCUGUACAAAAUAACUGGAAGCCGAAGGGCGAUCGAAUUGCUCAAUAAGUUUGGCUUAGUCUCGUCGUAUGAUUCAGUGCAACGCACAUUAACAACAGUGUCUGAAAAAGAAUAUAAUUCAGAUGGCUUACCAUCACGUGUGUUGAAAAACUCGUUUCUUAUCAAAGUAGUGGACAAAUGUGAUCUAUUAAUCAAUUCGCUUGAUGGAAAACGUAGUAUCCAUAUUGUUAAUCAAUUGUAUAUUCAUCCAAAUCCAACAGUUGAAAAAGACAGUGACUUUGAGUUUGACAAAGAAAAUCUUUCCUCCAACCAAACGAAAAUAAAAACGAAAGAUACAACCUGGUCUCUUGCCGAUGUAACGAACAGAAGUAGCCAUCAAACAACACAAUCAACAAUCAAUUUCGGCCCAGCAAAUUUUCAGUUGUUGGAUAAUACAAUGUCUACUGUCUUUCAUGAUAAUUUAUUUGUAUAUGCAUUGAGUCAUAUUGACAAGUUAAAGAAUGAACCAUCAAAAUAUCCAUUAUUAUCCGGCUAUAUGUAUUUAUAUUUAACAAUGAAAGAAAGACCUCCAUCAAUUUUCUUGUAUGGAAAUCCAAUUGACAUGCCUGCGACGGCUUCGAAUGCACCAGCAGCUAUCUCGAAGUUAACUAAAAACGAAUUUAUAGAUAAUAAAUAUCAAGAAAAAGCUGUCUUAGUCGUCGACGAAGCGAUUUACGCAUCUUUGUUAAAAGAGAAAGAAAAAGAUAGUACAAACAAUCCUGAACCACAAUACGAUGAUAUAUUCUUGCUACCUGGUGACUGGCAUUUUAUGAAAAAUAUAUUUGGGAUACUUGGCUUAGAGUAUUUAUUCCAAGUACUCUACGAUUCGACAGUGGUUAACGGAAUUAUUGGCGUUUAUAACUUUGAUCACACAUUUCGUGCGUACAUCUUGUUAUUUACAUCAUUGUACACGUUACAAAUCGAAGAAUUUAUUGAUGAAAAUGCACAAAAUGUAAUGGAGCUAACUAUUAUUGUUAAUCAACUGAAAGAUACAUUGCCAAAUCUAAAUGAUGAAAACAAAAAACAGGAAUUAUACGAUGCAUUUUUAAAUUCAUGUGAAAUUUUACAUCUAAUGAGUGUUAUGAAGGAUUUUGAACAUUGGAGGAGGAAGAAAUGUGAAACAAAAGUCAUGUUCAAAUAUUAUGAUUACGUAUUACAUUCCUUAUUAGUUCCAAUCUUCACGCUUUACAUCGCAACAAGAACAAAUAAUUUUUCAGUUCGAAAUAAACAGUGGCGCUAUUUUAUUCCAUUUUGUUUCGCGUUUAAUCAUACAAAUUAUUCAUGA